CAGAGUGAGACCUCCUCCUGCCGGUGAGAGCUGCAGGUUUUUCCUCUGCGUGCUUCGCAGCUGAUAAUCAUCAGAUCCGCAUGAAGCUGGAGCUGCUCGGUCGGACUGCAGCUUCGCGGGGGAGUUUGGCGAGGAAGGAGUCCAAAACAAAAGUUCAGAGUUCCGUCUUGCUGGUUUUAACUGUCGCUUCCAGCCCCGGAGGACCUGCUGCGGGGGACUGACCGGGUCUGUGUUCCUUAACUCGGCCGUUUAGCGUUCCGAGCUGCCGCUGGAUGGGACGCACAUUUUCUGCUCGCUUGUGCCCCGAUGGAAGCGGAGAAACCACCGGGCUCUCUGAGAUGUUCUGAGUGAAGCAGCUCCGACAGAAGAUCUGCAGCCUUUCAUCGCUGUGCUCUUGCUCACAAUCAGCAGGUCAGAGGAUUCAUUGAGGAUUUAUCAGAGUUAUAAAAGUCUUUAAAGGUCGAGCUUUAACUUCAGACCUUUAUUCUUGGCUGGCCUCAGAGAUGCUCUGCAGUGAGAGGAAACUUUCAGUGCUGAACAAUCAAGACAAAUGAUUGGACGCACGAUGCUCGGCUGACUUUUUUUUUUUUUUGGAUGUCGUUCACCAUCGAGGUCAUUCUCCCGCCGCCACGUCACAGAUAGCAGAAAAUGUCGACCGAUAACAGCCCGCCUCCCCUGCCGGCUUCCCCGAGGUCGUUCCACGCCCUACCUCAUCACCCAGCCCCGCCCACUCCAUCACCUUCACCCAGCCCGCCCGCCACCAUCUGCAGCCGGCUGUCCAACGGCAGCCAGUCGGCACCCAGUCCCACGAACUCACGGGGAUCGUUACACGGCAUCUCCUUCCUGCUUCAGAUCGGGCUCACGAGGGAGGCGGUCACCCUCGACCCCGGAGACGUGUCGCUGUCCGCCGUCAGAGAGCUCGUCUGCUCCAUCGUGGAUCAGAAGUUUCCUGAAUGUGGAUUUUUUGGGAUGUACGACAAGAUCCUGCUCUUCCGCCAUGACCUGAGCUCAGAUAACAUCCUGCAGCGUCUGACCUCCAUGGAAGAGAUCCAGGAGGGCGACCUGAUCGAGGUGGUGCUCUCUGCUCUCGCCACAGAGGAGGAUUUCCAGAUCCGACCUCACACUCUGUACGUUCACUCCUACAAGGCGCCGGCCUUCUGUGACGACUGCGGGGAGAUGCUGUGGGGCCUCGUCAGGCAGGGCCUCAAAUGUGAAGGAUGUGGACAGAACUACCACAAACGGUGUGCAUUCAAGAUCCCCAACAACUGCAGCGGUGUGAGGAAGAGACGGCUGUCCAACGUGUCCCUGCCGGGUGCCGUCCUGUCCGUCGCUCGUCCGCCUUCCACUGACUUCACCCCGGCCCUGCAGGAGGAGCGCCCCCUUCUGGGUGCCAUGAAGCGAAACUCCCUGCUGAGCGGCCGGCCCAUCUGGAUGGAGAAGAUGGUCCUGGGUCGGGUGAAAGUCCCCCACACCUUCUCUGUCCACACCUACACCCGUCCAACCAUCUGUCAGUUCUGCAAACGUCUGCUGAAGGGCCUCUUCCGCCAGGGCCUGCAGUGCAAAGAUUGUAAAUUUAACUGCCAUAAGAGAUGUGCAGCCAAAGUACCUCGAGACUGCCUCGGUGAGGUCGACUUUAACGGAGAGCCGGCCAGCCCCGGUCUGGACUCGGAGGCGACGAUGGAGGUGGACAACUGCGACGUGAAUAGCGAUGGAGGUCACAGCAUGGACGAGCAGGACGAGCCGUCCACCGAAGACAAGCUCUUCUACGAGGGUCCCUGCGCAGACUGCGAGAAGGACGACGAGACGGUCAGGACGAUCAGCCCGUCGACCAGCAGCAACAUCCCUCUGAUGCGCGUGGUCCAGUCCAUCAAACACACCAAGAGAAAAAGCUCCACGGUGGUUAAAGAGGGCUGGCUGGUGCACUACACCAACCGCGACAAUCUGAGGAAGAGACAUUACUGGAGGCUGGACAGCAAGAGUCUGACUCUGUUUCAGAAUGAAAGUGGAGCCAAGUAUUACAAGGAGAUCCCCCUGUCCGAGAUCCUGCAGGUGGAGCUGGCGCGGGACUUUAGGAGCAUGCCUCAGGGCAGCAACCCACACUGCUUUGAGAUCAUCACGGCCAGCAUGGUGUACUACGUCGGGGAGGACAAUGGCGGCCUCUACCACAACCCAGCUCUGGCAGCAUCCGGCAUGGGACGGGACGUAGGGCAGAGCUGGGAGAAGGCCAUCCGGCAGGCGCUGAUGCCGGUCACACCCAAGGCCAGCGUUGGCACGGGGCCGGGCCAGGGGAAGGACCACAAGGAACUGUCUAUCAGCAUAUCAGUGUCCAACUCCCAGAUACAAGAAAAUGUGGAUAUCAGCUCAGUGUAUCAGAUCUUUGCCGACGAGGUCCUCGGCUCAGGACAGUUUGGGAUCGUUUAUGGAGGCAAACACAGAAAAACCGGCAGAGAUGUGGCGAUCAAAAUCAUCGACAAAAUGCGCUUCCCCACGAAGCAGGAGAGCCAGCUGCGGAACGAGGUGGCCAUACUUCAGAACCUGCACCACCGCGGGAUCGUGAACCUGGAGUGCAUGUUUGAGACACCCGAGCAGGUGUUUGUGGUCAUGGAGAAGCUUCACGGCGACAUGCUCGAGAUGAUUUUAUCCAGCGAGAAGAGCCGGUUACCUGAACGCCUUACCAAGUUCCUGGUUACACAGAUCCUGGUUGCCCUGAGACAUCUUCAUUUCAAGAACAUCGUCCACUGUGAUCUGAAGCCCGAGAACGUCCUGCUGGCCUCAGCAGAGCCAUUUCCUCAGGUGAAGCUCUGCGACUUUGGCUUCGCUCGUAUCAUUGGGGAGAAGUCGUUCCGUCGCUCGGUGGUCGGCACUCCGGCCUACUUGGCGCCCGAGGUGCUCCGCAGCAAAGGCUACAACCGAUCUCUGGACAUGUGGUCGGUCGGCGUCAUCGUCUACGUCAGUCUGAGCGGGACGUUUCCCUUCAACGAAGACGAGGACAUCAAUGACCAGAUCCAGAACGCCGCCUUCAUGUACCCACCUAACCCCUGGAAGGAGAUCUCAGAGGAGGCCAAAGACCUGAUUAAUAACCUGCUGCAGGUGAAGAUGAGGAAGCGCUACAGCGUGGACAAGUCGCUGAGCCACCCCUGGCUGCAGGACUACCAGACCUGGCUGGACCUCAGGGAGUUCGAGACACGGCGAGGUGAGCGAUACAUCACGCACGAGAGCGACGACGCCCGCUGGGAGGAAUAUGCUGACGAAAGAGGCCUGCACUACCCCAAACACUUCAUCAUGUCACCCAACCUGGAUGACAUGGAGGAGGACCCUUAG